CACCAUCAACAUGCUUCCCAUUUCAAAAAUGUGGAUCUCAGUUUUUAAGUUUUUCCCCCAUAAAACUAUGUUCGCCCGUGACCCGUCAUUGGUCACAAUUCUCUCGGCGUCUUCUGCUUCCACUACAGUCGUCCAUCUCUGAUGAACCAUUAAAAAAAAGUGCAACUUUACCCUCUCUUUUUAUUCUCGCAAAAUGGAGUCACUGCAAAGCCACGGGCUCUGUUUCUUCCAUGGACCGGCUGCGUUCUUCUCCCGUUAUCCUUUCCGUUAUGUUUUUGAUUUUGGGUAGUUUUGCAGAAUCAGUUCCCGUGCCAAAUCAACUGUUACAGAGUGCAAGAACAAGUCAUAGUGCUGUUGGAGGCAACAUUAUACUGAAUCCUACAUUUGAGGAUGGCCUUAAUAAUUGGUCUGGCAAAGGCUGCAAGAUCGAACUACAUGAAUCUAUGGAAGAUGGAAAGAUCGUUCCUCAAUCAGGAAAAUUCUUUGUUUCUGCAACUGAACGCAUGGAAAAGUGGAACGGCAUUGAACAAGAGAUCACAGGAAGAGUUCUGCAACAUGUUGCUUAUGAGGUCACCGCACUCGUUCGCAUAUACGGUGACAAUGCCACUAGUGUUGAUGCACAGGUCACUUUGUGGGUUCAAGAACAAGAUCUUCGUGAAGAGUACAUAGCCAUUGCCAACUUGCAGGUAACAGAUAAAGAUUGGGUACUGUUGCGGGGGAGGUUCCUUCUUAAUAGUUCUCCAUCAAGGGCAGUAAUAUAUGUAGAAGGUCCGCCUUUAGGCACUGACAUACUUUUAAAUAGUUUAGAUGUGAAGUAUGCAGAGAAAAUCAAUGCUUCAGCUCGACCAGUUUCUAAGGAUGCCCCUUUUGGAGUCAACGUAAUUGAGAAUAGCGAUUUUGAUGCUGACGCAACAGGAUGGUUUCCUCUUGGUAAUUGUUCUUUGAGUGUUGAAACUGGUUCACCACGUGCACUCCCUCCAAUGGCAAGAGAAUCUCUUGGACCUUAUAGGCCUUUAAGCGGCCGCUACAUUUUGGUGACCAACCGUUCAGAUUCUUGGAUGGGUCCUGCACAAAUGAUAACUGAUAAACUAAAACUCUAUUUGACAUACCAAGUAUCUGCUUGGGUUCGAAUUGGUGCUGGGUCAACUGGACCCCAGAUUUUGAAUGUUGCACUUGGUAUGGAUGGGGAAUGGAUCAAUGGCGGUGAAGUUGACGCCAGUGAUGAUAGGUGGCAUGAAAUCGGUGGGUCCUUUAGAAUUGAUAAGCAACCAUCCAAUGUUAUGGUUUAUGUCCAAGGUCCUGCUUCAGGAGUUGAUUUAAUGGUCACUGGACUUCAUAUUUUUCCUGUAAAUCGGAAAGCAAGGUUUAAAUAUUUGAAAAAGCAAACAGAUAAGAUACGCAGGCGUGAUAUCAUCCUGAAAUUUUCAGGAUCUAGCAACAUACUUAACAACACUGUUAAAGUUUCACAGACACAAAAUAGUUUUCCCUUGGGAUCAUGUAUAACCAGAACGAGCAUGGACAACGAAGAAUUUGUUAAGUUUCUAACUGAAAACUUCAACUGGGUUGUGUUUGAAAACGAAUUGAAGUGGUCUUGGACAGAACCACAACAGGGUAAGUUCAACUACAAGGAAUCUGAUGAACUUGUGGACUGGUGCAAGAGCCACAACAUGGAAAUACGAGGUCACUGCAUCUUCUGGGAAAUGGAGUAUGCAAUUCAAUCAUGGGUUCGAUCCUUGAAUGGGAAUGACUUGAUGACUGCUGUGCAGAAUCGUUUAACAGAUCUUCUGACACGAUACAAGGGGAAGUUCAGACACUAUGACGUGAACAAUGAAAUGCUGCAUGGAUCCUUUUAUCAAGAUCGACUGGGUAAAGAUAUCCGAGCAAACAUGUUCAGAACUGCCCACCAACUAGACCCUUCUUCCACACUCUUUGUGAAUGAUUACCACAUUGAGGACGGAAGGGACAUCAGAUCAACACCAGAGACAUACAUACAGCAAAUUCUUGAUCUCCAAGAGCAAGGUGCCCCGGUGGGAGGAAUUGGUAUUCAAGCGCAUAUUGAUGUUCCGGUCGGUCCCAUUGUUGCUUCUGCUCUCGAUAAAUUAGGAACUCUCGGUCUUCCAAUCUGGUUUACAGAGCUUGAUGUGUCUUCUGCUAAUGAAUAUAUCAGAGCAGAGGAUUUAGAAGUAAUGCUUCGCGAGGCUUAUGCACACCCGUCAGUCGAAGGCGUAAUCCUCUGGGGAUUUUGGGAGUUGUACAUGUCCCGGAAAUAUGCUCAUUUAGUGAAUGCAAAUGGUAAAAUCAACGUAGCAGGUAAAAAGUUCCUCGCUCUCAAGAAAGAGUGGCUCUCUAAAGCAAAUGGGAAUAUCGACGAGCAAGGAGAGUUCAGAUUUAGAGGCUUUCACGGAACCUACAAUGUGGAAAUUAUUUCCUCUUCUAAGAAACUUAACCAGACAUUUGUCGUCGACCAGGGUGAGUUACCACUGGUUGUUUCUAUCGAGUUACAAGACUUUUAGUUUCUUUUUAAAUCCUAAAAGUAAUUGACCAAUAAUGUCGGAUUAUUGAUUGGCUGCUAUUUUCAAUUACAAAGGUAACAUUUUUCUGCAA